CUAACGAAAAAUGGAAUAGAACGUGGAGAUAUUGAACCAAAAGUGAAAAAAUCCCGUCAUUCUUACGAGAUUUCAUUUCGUCCAACAGAAGUUGGCACCCAUCAAAUUAUGGUAUAUGUGAAUGAUACCUUACAUCCAAUGUGUCCUUUCCCAAUACGUGUUUACGAUGCUUCUGAAAUUAUCAUUGGUGAAAUCGUACCACAAAGUGCUGUCAAUGAUACUGUAGAAUUUACAGUUGAUGCUGGUCGCGCAGGUUUUGGAAAUCUUGAAAUAGCAAUUAAAGAUAUCGAUGGUAUCAUAAUUCCAUCUCAUGUAGCUCAGCUGGAAACUGGAACUGCCAAGUUUUUGGUAACAUUCAAUCCGACUACUGUUGGCGUGCAUACUGUCAAUAUUACCUUCAACAAGGAAGUGCUUAAAAAUAGUCCAUUUGAAGUGAAUAUCGUUGAAUCAAAAUCUACAGCAGUAACGGCAAGCAAUUGUGCUCAAAAUUUUACAAUGACAAAUUUUAAGGAAAAGGAAGCCAAAAAGAAAAAGCAUUAUUUAGACAAGAAGACAACUGUAUCAAAAAUUCCAUCUUUGAGCCGAGUCGGACGACCAGCACAAAUUUUAAUUGCAAUCGCAGGUGAAGAGCCACUCGAAGUUAUGGUCAAAGAUCCUGAAAAAAAUAUUAUUGAACGUUCUAUAUUUGAUCAUGAGCCAGGCAGUAAAAAAGUAGAGUUUAUGCCUACAAAAGUUGGUGACCAUGAAAUUGAAGUUAAAUAUGCAGGUAAUGAUGUUCAGGGCAGCCCAUUUACUUGUCGCGCAUAUGAUCCAGCCAAAAUUAACGUUGGCAAUAUACCGAAUAGUGUGGUUGACAAACCUGUCCAUUUCAUUGUUGACGCAAGUCAAGCAGGCGUUGGUAACCUAGAAGUAGCAGUUAACGAUGGUCGAAUUCCAUCGAUGGCACAAUCCCUCGGACAACAUCGAUAUGAUAUAUCAUUUGUACCUCUAGAACUUGUUGACCAUACCAUUUCUGUACGCUUCAAUAAUGAACCUGUCCCAGGUAGUCCAUUUGUGUGUCAUUUGGUGGCAUCGCAGUCAGUGACAGUUUCUGGGCCUGGCUUAGAACGGAUUCCAGUGGGACAGAUGGCUCAGAUUUUUGUCUUCCUUGAAGGUAUGAAGGAUAUGUUACCUGAAGUAAGCAUUACUGAUUCACAUGGCAAGGCUGUUCCCGUCAGUAUAUCAAAAAGUGAUUCAGAAGAUGGAAAAUAUAUUAUUUCAUAUGUACCAAAAAAUGUUGGAAAUCAUCAAAUCGAUAUCAGUUGUGAUGAUAAACCUAUCACUGGUUCACCUUUCACCUCUAAAGCAUUUGACGCAAAAUGCGCGAAAUUAUCAUGUUUAGAAGAAGCGUUUGUUGGGCAGCCUUGCACAUUCAUGAUUGAUGCUGCGCGAGCUGGUGCUGGCAAUAUGGAAAUUAUUGUCAGUGUAGAAAAUCGAAAUGUGCCAAACUUUGUACAGGCAGAAGGUCAAGCAAAGUUCAAAGUUUCAUUUACUCCACAAGAAGCCAAGGACCAUCAUAUAAGUGUGCGUUUCAACGGAGAAGCAAUUCCAGGUUCGCCAAUGAUUUGUCCUGUACGUGAAAAAGUAAUGCCAGCAAUUUCUGCUGUAAAACCAUUAAAAAGUAGCGCAGGAUGGGAGCAAGAAAUCCGGUUAGUUGGUGACUUAUCUGAGGGUCAAGUAGGACAAACCAAAGGCUUUAGUAUUGACACGGGUGGACGUAAAUAUGAUUGCAAUGUUGCAGUGACCGAUCCAAAUGGCCAAGAAUUAGAUGUAGAAUUAGAAAAAGUUUACAAUGGAUAUCAUGUACAAUUCAUACCACUUACAUCAGGUGAACAUGAAAUAGAAAUUAUCAUAAACAAUCGACAAUUAGGCAUUGGACCAUUUAUAAUGGAAGUUUCAAAUGCUCCUAAAAUUGCGCGUAUUCCGUCAACUAUUCUCGCUGGCAAGGAACUCGUCUUUGAGCUAGACACAGGUGAUUCUACCCGUAAAGAUAUCAGAUUAGACGUUAAAAAUGUCAAAGGUGAUUUACUUCCAACAAAAAUAGAAACUGGAAGAGAUGGAAUUGUGCGAGCUUUUUGCAGACUUUAUGACAUGGGUCGUUAUUCCGUUGAUGUUUACAUAAAUAAUAAAGUAUAUGGCGAACGACAGUAUGUUCGAGUCAUUGAAAAAGGUCAGGGAGUAGUGCUAGUAAGUGAAAUUGAACAAGGUCGAGUUGGAUGGUCAUCCAAAUUAAUCUUACGGACUGAAUCUGAUGCUGCCAAAUAUCUUUCUGUUAUAAUCGUUGAUUCACAGCGUAAUCAAGUGCCAGCAUCACUGAGAAAUUUACCAGAUCAAAUCUGUGAAAUUGAAUUUACACCACGAAUAGAAGGUGUGCACACUGUAUCAAUAUUAGUGGGUGAUGAACAUAUUCAAGGUAGUCCGUUCAAUAUCAAUGUUCUGGAUUUGAGCGCUGUUCGAGUGAUUGGUUUGAAGAAUGAUCCUGUUGGUGUUGAACAGCGAUUUAAUGUUGAUUGGUCAAAUUCUGGAGGGACCAAUGCUACAGUAAGAGUAACAUUCGGAGGUAAAGAAGUUUCUUGUAUGAUAAAACAAAUCAAACCAGGUUUACACGUAUGCUCAUUUAUACCACGUCAGGUUGGAUUACAUCUGAUCGAUGUGUUGAUCGAUGGAAUGCUUUUGCCAGAAUGUCCAUAUGAAUGCAUUGUGAGUGAUAUGGGAUCAGUACGUGCACGUGGAGAUGCGUUGACACGAGCUCAACGUGGGAAAACUGCUCGUUUCGAAGUUUCAAUGGCUGAUACGGCACGUGGAGAAUUAGAUGUAAUGGUUGCAGAUACACGUGGAAGACCACUACCAGUUCGAUGCUAUAAACAACACGAUGAUAGUUAUUGGGUAGAAUUCACUCCCGAAAAUAUUGGCCUUCAUCGAAUUGAAGUGACAGUAGCUGAUACGCCAAUAGUUGGUAGUCCUUUUGUAUGCCUCGUUGUUGAUCCAAAAAAAGUUCUUGUCAAAGGUAUCACAGAACCGUUCAUUCUUAAACAACCCGCAAUAAUCAGUGUUAAUCGACAAAUGGCUGGCGAUGGUGAAUUGACAGUAGAAUUAGCUGAUCCCAAAAAUGAAUCUGUCCCAUUAGAAAUGCAUAAAAGUGCUGAUGGAGAUGAUAUUAUUGAAUUUGUACCCACAAAAGUUGGCCAAUAUCAGUUAACUACCAAAUUAGCCGGAACACCUCAUACAGUGAUAGUUGAAGAACAAGGCAAGCCUACUGUGCGUGGAUCUGCAAUUGAACAUGCAGUAGAAGUAGAACAUCCAGCAAGUUUCAUUUUUGAUCCUAAAAAUGUAAAGGGAAGUGUCAAAGUUGAUAUAAGAGGACCGAAGAAGACGAAAAUUCGCCAUGUAGCAAAUAAAAAUUCUGAUGGAACAACAGAGAUUUUAUUCACACCAUCAGAAGUUGGUCGAUAUAUUGCAAAUAUUGAGCAUAAUAAUCGAGUUAUCACAGGAAAACUUCGUGCGGAAGUUCGGGACUGGGAUGGCAAGUCAGUGGGUGGUUGUGAUGUUGAAUCAUUAGGUUAUGGUAAAUAUCGUAUAGCAUAUUGUCCACAUCAACCUGGAAAAUAUGACAUUUAUUUAUAUUGGUCAGAUAUGGCAGUUCCAAAUGCGCAGCCAUUACACGUAAUUGCUGAAAGCGAACAACCGUCAACUUCGCGUGCUGUUCCGCUUAUGAAUAAUGCUGGAAUAGAAUCAUUUCAUAGUACUAUGAGAUCGCGAGUUGAAGAUCGUUCGCUUCAUGAAGAGAAUAGCACGGAACAUCUCAGAGUAGUUCUACGUGGAGAAGGCUUAUCACGGGCUGUCAGUAAUCAACAAGCCGAAUUUAUCAUUGAUGGUUCAGAUAUCUCCAGAGACGGGCAAGUCUCAUGUUCAUUAUUCGGUCAGAAGGUUGACAUUCCUGUCCGACUUUCUCAUCUGGGAAAUAACGUUUACAAAGCUGUCUACACGCCUUUAAUUACGGGCAUAUAUGAAUUACAAAUUUUGUGGGAUGGUUAUCACGUACGUGGCUCACCUUUUCGUGUACAAGUUGAAACACAUGAAAGUUCCGCAGCAGCAAUAAGCAUUGAUGCAAAUACAUUAAAAAUGGGAGUAAUUAAUGGGGAUGUAAAAACAGUUAUUGACGUGAAAAAAGCAGGACCAGGCCAGUUGUCAGCACAAUGUAUGGGACCAACAAAAUUAGCAUAUUGUGAAUUAUAUGAUCAUCGUGAUGGUACAUUUACUUUAUCCGUGAAACCUUCUGAAAUUGGAAAGCAUACAUUGGUGGUGAAAUAUUCGGAUGAACACGUCUCAGGUAGUCCAUUCACUUUUAACGUAUCUUAUCCACCGGAUGCGUCAAAAGUACGCGUAUUUGGACCUGGAAUUGAACAUGGAAUUCUUUCAACCUUCAAAUCAAACUUUAUUGUGGAAACAAAAGGUGCAGGUGCAGGACAACUUACUGUUCGUGUUCGAGGACCAAAAGGAGCUUUUAACGUUGAAAUGCAACGAGAAAAAAAGCAGGAACGAACAAUUCACUGUAAAUAUGAACCUAAAGAACCUGGGGAUUAUCAAGUAGAAGUUAAAUGGCAUGGUGAACAUGUUCCGGGAUCACCAUUUUUGGUAAUGAUUGUUGAUACAGAACAAGAAUUACAACGAUUUUUACGCGGUGAUGCACCAUCUCCACAACCAGUAACACCGUUUAUUCCACCUGGUUGGAUUGGUACUCCUCCACCACCUCCGUUGUUCCUUGGUGCACCACCACCUCGAGGACCGUUUUUACAAUCUCAUACAGCACCUUUACCACCACCACCACCACCUCCUCUUCAAGGAACAUUAAGUGUUACGCGUCACUCACCUUUGUUACCUUAUGGUACUUUGCCACCACCUCCACCUCAUGCCUUACGCCCUGCAUUACACCCGAGAUUUAUGAGCGGUUACUAAUU